ACGGGAAUAAUGUAAUCAAAAAGUACUCCAGGGACUAAAGCAAAUAAAAUUUGUGUGAGAUAAUUAUAAUUCGCUUUAAUAUGAGCGUUGGAAAAACGUCAACAAGACGAUCGAAGAAAUGUUAUGGCUAUACGGAUGAAGACAUUAAAAAGGCAAUAGCCAUGGUCGUUAGGGAAGAAUACUCCUUACGGCAGGCGGCGAAAGCCUGUAAUAUCCCUAGGACUUCCUUGGCAUACUAUUUGAAAAAUGCCACUGCUGUCAGGAAAGCGAGUAAAAUGCGACCGGAGGAAGAGGAUUUUCUACUACAGUGGAUAACGGACUGUUGUCAGAGAGGGUUCACUAUCAAGAAACGAAACGUACUGGCUGCUGCUGAGCAAUUGAUACAGCAGAGUAAAGAAUCCAGAAUGAAUCCUUUCGUAGGUGGAACGUACUAUGAGCAGUUUCUCGAAAGGUGGUUAUCGACUGACAAAAUAAAAGACCGAAAAUUCAGCGGCGUUGUUCCCGAUUGGUACACCCAUCUGGAUAAGUAUCUUUCCGAAGGAAACUUCAAUCACAUACUGAACAAUCCGAAUCGAAUUUUUCUGUGCGAUGAAUUCAAGUUUAAAGAACGCAUGGAUGUACCGGAGAGUAUAAAAACCGCUCUGGGGGAUACCAAUUUACUCUAUACGGUGACGGCGUCCGGAAAUGUUCUUCAACCGCUAAUAGUAUAUCCAUACAAAAGAGAAAUCAUGGAUGAAGUUGUACGGACAGCUCCAAAAAAUUGUGCAAUAGUGCCACAACAGCAAGGUACGGUAACACCGAAAAUACUCAUCGCCUAUUUAAAACGGGUCCUCCACGAGUUCAUUGAAAAACACCACAUUCCAAAACCAGUAAUCGUCUAUAUUGACGAAUCGCAAAUUGAUCUCACGCUGGAACUAACUACAACUUGCAAAAAUUUAAACAUCAUCUUGCUCGGUCUAACCUGCCAGGUGAUGAAACCCACGGUUAGUUUAUUUCGCGAUGUUGCCACCGGCUGGACCCAGGAAGUGCAACGAUGGUGCCAAGCUAACGCCGUGCGAAACUUUCCGAUUGCUGAAUGUGCUCGAACAAUGCAGAAUGUGAAUCAAAAAUAUAUCGUUCGAACAAGUAUUGCCAAAGAUUUCAACGACAGUCUUCUGUUUCCCUGGCGGCAUCGAUCAGAGAACGGUUCGGUAUCUCAAAGGACAAUCGGCACUAUGGAUGAGUUAGAGGAUGAUGAAAUGGAAAUUGAGCAAUUCCUGCAGGAUGUUAGCGAAGACGAGGAUGAGGAUGAGGGUACUCUUUCAACUUCGACGGUGGAAGCAACCCCGUCAACUGAGCCAAAAGAUACUGAAACUGCACAACAAAAUUUGCAAAAAUUAGAAACUGAAAGCGACAUUUCGGAGAGCACAAUCAUACGGUUAAGGUACGACAAUUUUCGAGGACUGUUGGGUAAGCAGUUGACGGAAAAGUGCAGAAAAAACUACGGUUCGCCAAAUCCGAUAUUUUCCAGUAGAGCCGAGAGGGCAUUGUUUGAAAUCUAUCGCAGAUUUCAAAGCUCCCAGGAUCAGUCUGCUAGCGUUCGUAGGAAUGAUGUUAUCGAAAUAGUCGAGAUAGGUGACGACUGAAAGAAAAUAAGUUCACGUUCGGUGUGUCCCUCUCAUUCACA